AUGAAGCAUGGCAGCGUGUACUUUGGAGGCUUGUCCCGCGGCGACACGCCGCCAAAGGAGAUCCCUACGCUGGGAGCAGCCGGUGGACGGCCCCGGGUCUCGGAGAUGACUUUGAAGGAGAGGGUGAAGGAAUGCCCAUAUGCCCGGGAUGAGAACGCAAGAGUCCUCGCCAGGCAUGAGCUGAUGAGCCUGGACGUGAUCAAGAAGACCGAUGUGCCUCCAGGACCGGUCCUGUUCAACAAGGACUAUGACCGGUGCCUGGUCACAGAGGAUCUCGAGCGUGCUCAGCCCGUGCUGUCGCAUCCCACAAGUUGCACCGGCCAGCCCAUCCCCUGGAGCCAGAUGCGGAAGGACGAGCUGGAGCCCAUCCCGAAGAACCGCCCCAAGGUGCUGUACCCUCCGCUCAGACGUCGGGUGCAAGACAUGUCCCUCCGAACGUCCGAUAUCGACUAUGCCCAGCCGAAGAAAGAGACUAUCCGCCCCAGGAGACGAUCUGCCUGCAUUACAGACUUGUUGACGGCAAGCUAUCAGUUCGCUUCCUCCGAGUUGCCACCGCAGCCUGAAUACAGGGCCUCAGGACGAUGCCCGACGGACGUGGGGGACAUCGAUGGCUGCGCCGUGCGGCCCGUGGUUCCCGUCCGGCGGCAGUAUGGUGAUACCAUGAGGGUGGAAGACGAGUUCCGCAGCAAGAACAAGUUUCGACGACCUCGACCUGAGCAAUUGGGCGUCCAUGAAGGUGGCCGUCCUGACAACUGA